AUGGAUAGGGAGGAGCAAACCUAUGGUGGCUGUGAAGGCUCUGAUGCCAUGUAUGUCAAAUUAAUGUCUUCUGAUGGUCACGAAUUUAUUGUGAAAAGAGAAUAUGCACUAACACCGGGAACCAUAAAAGCCAUGUUGAGUGGGCCGGGUCAGUUUGCUGAGAAUGAAACCAGUGAGGUCAAUUUUAGAGAGAUACUUUCACAUGUGCUCUCAAAAGUAUUUUUAAAAAAUAUAUGCAUGUAUUUAACCUACAAGGUUCGCUACAUUAACAGCUCUACCGAGAUUCCCGAACUCCCAAUUGCACCUGAAAUUGCACUGGAACUGUUGAUGGCUGCCAACUUCCUAGAUUGUUAAAUAAAAUAAAUUAUAAU